AAUCAUUGGUCCUAUGCUAUAGCAUAGGGCCACGCAUUGUCAGUAAACAACUGCCUUAAAGGGAGGCCGGGGUUAGUCAAAAUGAAAUAAUUGUUUUAGCUUGAUGUUGAAUUACUAACACGACCACUUAUACGCCUUCUUAUCACUUUUAAAAUCACAAUCAAGAUCUUUUUAUAAACGUACAAUAAUUUCAUCAGUUUGUCGAAGAUGUCGUCGAAUAAGGGAGCUAUACUAGAUGAUGCCAGUGAGGCAGGAGGGUACCCUCCAAAUACAGCACACUAUAAGGCCAAUCAGGUUGGAACAGUUCCCCUUGGUGUUGUAGUGAAUCAGCCCCAGGCAGUGCCACCUAUGGGUGGUGUCAACCAAACUGUGAUUAUUCAGCAGAGCGGGGGUAAAACAUGGUCCACUACUCUAUGCAGCUGUACGAGCGAUAUGGAAUCGUGUUGUUUGGUCGCGUUGUGUGGCCCGUGCUACGAGUGCUGGUUCCACUCUAAGAAUAACGAGUCAUGUUGCACUCCAAUAUGCGUCCCCGGAGCUACGAUUGCACUCAGGACAAAGAUCAGAACACAACACAAUAUAAUGGGCAGUAUCAUAGACGACUGCUGCGUGGUUUGUUGCUGUAACCCAUGCGCUCUGUGUCAGAUGAAGCGAGAAUAUGACAUUAUUCAGAGGGAGCAAGUCGUAACAACUGUCACAACUUCAACUAUGCAGGAUUACCAGUACUAAAUAUAGCUAGCACCAUUCACUACUGAUACAGCGACAUGAUCAGUUGAAUACACCCGUAGGGGACGAAUAGAGUAGAAUCAAGUUUUUAUAUGACAUAGGAGCUUAUAGGAGCAAAGAUAUAUCUAGUGAUUUAAGACACAUCCCCGGAGACACAUAUCUGAUGGUCUGGAAAAAAUUACAUUCAAACUCGAAACCAGCAUAGCCCAAAGAGGCAUAAAACUAGAGAUACUUUGUGAAUAUGGUGGGCUUAUUUCAGAGUUCAAAUUACUAGAUUAGUAUUUCAUAUAUUGAUGUAGAUAAGUUUAAUGGAUUUGGUUUGGCAUAAAAAAUUAAUUAUUGAACGAUGUCACAUGAUUUUGUUGAUUUGCUUUGCCAUAAAGAUUCAAUUACUGAAAGAUGUCACAUGAUUUUGUUGAUUUGCUUUGCCAUUAAGAUUCAAUUAUUGAAAGAUGUCACAUGAUUUUGUUGAUUUGCUUUGCCAUAAAGUUUCACUUAUAGAAAGAUGUCACAUGAUUUUGUUGAUUUGCUUUGGCAUAAACAUGGGCUUUCACUCUAGUUGAAAGCCCAUGGCAUAAAGUUUCACUUAUAGAAAGAUGUCACAUGAUUUUGUUGAUUUGCUUUGCCAUAAAGAUUCAAUUAUUGAAAGAUGUCAUAUGGUUUGUCCAAAUUGGUAAUAAAAAACCAAUUGACUUCAUGAUUAACUUAUUGCCUCACACAAUAAAUCAUCUUAAAGUCAUUUUCUUGAAAUUAUUUUGUAUACAUUUAAUCAAAGGGUUGUCAAUGAAUUGUAGGUGUUUUAAUUAAACCACGUCUGUCUUGUAUCAAACGGAAUUCAAAGGCAAACAUACAAGAAGAUGAGCGUAUGAAAUGGCGAUCGUUAAAAUUUGUUAAGAGUAAGCAUACAUGUAAGAGUACCCAGGGGGGUGGCUCAUUUGAAGGAAGUUGC